AUGAUGACGACGUGCCGUCUGCUGUGCGCCCUGUUGGUGCUCGCCCUGUGCUGCUGCCCGUCCGUGUGCGAGGCAGAUACUGAUCUGGAUCCGAACACUGGCGCUGGUGGAAAGGCCAUCAAACCAACCUCCCCUGAUUCACAGCCACCAACCGCUAUGCCUGAGGUUGUUGGAGUUUCAGACAGUGAGCCGGCUCCGAAAGCUGAAGAUCUCUCCAACGGUACCACGACGAUCACUGCAGUAGAAGUACCAACAAGGGCGACUGAAGGUUCUCACGAGACGAUCUCGACGACUGACGCCCCUGCAAAGGAGAAUAAGACGACCACGACUACACAGGCACCAACUACGACAACCACGACGACCACCACAACACAGGCACCAAGUACUACGACUACAGAGGUGCCAACCACGACGACCACACGCGCACCGUCACGUCUUCAUGAAAUCGACGGCAGCCUCAGCAGCUCUGCGUGGGUGUGUGCCCCGCUGGUGCUCGCCGCAUCCGCGCUGGCGUACACCACUGUGGGCUGA